UCCGUUACCGGCCGGUCCCGGCCCCGCCGCCCCGCACCAAUGGCCGAGAGCCCCGCACAGCCCGCGCAGGAGCCGGCCGAGAUGGCUUACUGCGGCCCCACCUCCCUCACCUACCUGCCCGUCCUCCAGUGGCUAGCUGAUAAUUUCUACUUGUGUGGAGGAUGCACAGUACCCUGUCGGCUCCUACAUGAACUGUAUAUUGAAACCUGCAAUCCCGAUUUCAAGAUUCAAGUACAUCCAUCCACCUUUGGAAAGCUUAUUCAGUUAGUUUUCCCAGGUCUGGUGACAAGAAAGCGGACCACGGCAGGGAGUAUCAGAUAUCAUUAUGAUGGAAUAGCUAUCAAGAAGAACUCUUCCUUUUAUGCACGUUUUUGCUGUCUUCUGUAUGAACAAAAUUAUCUCAGGCACUACUCGCCAGGAGAAGUGAGCAUCUCUGAUGUGCAGCCAAGCACCUCUGCAGGCACCAGUAGUAAUUCCUGGAGUUCUGAAAAUGCAGCUGAUUACAAGAAGAAUAGACAAAAAAAAGGAACAAGUAAGAGUUUGGAGUAUUACCCAUCUGUCAUUUAUCUAAAGGCUGAGAAAGAGACAUUUCAAUAUCUUUUUCCUGAAUUCAACCAGUUCUUCCUUGGAGAGAGAGUGCAAAGUGAGACAGACCCCUACGAAAUGAUUGCACUGCUUGCCAAUGACUACUACAACUAUUGUCAAGUUAUUUUACAAAUGGUGAGAGAGAACAAGUUUGACAAGGUAGAAGACUGUAUCACGUCAUUCUGGAGGUCUCUGCAGCCUGAAAGAAUAGAACUGAUGUGCUUGCCAGAUGUGUGCCAGCUGUUAAAAAGCUAUGAUAGGUAUCUAUUCAAGGAGCUGGAGAAUAUCCUACUUCCUGAUUUCCUGGAGGAGGUGCCUGCACAACACAUUGACUCAAUCAGACUGUUCAGUGAAAAUGUUAAAUGUUGGAUGCUUAAUCCUUUGGGAGGAUUUCCAUUAAUGCUCCAAACAUCCAAAUCUAAUGAAGUUAAAGAGUUUGUAAAAAGACUCAGGAGACAGACAGACCUUUGUAACAUGGCCAAGACAGUAAGAGCACUCUUGAACAACAACAGCACAGUCACUGUUCUGCGGUCAGGCUUGCAUGCUGUCUUCAAUGAGCAAUCUCUGGAUGUGACUAAAAACCUCUUUCGAGACAAGUUUCGGAAUCCAAAGAGGCGGCAGAAAAACAUACAAUUCAAAUGUUUGAAAAACUUAAUUUCUUCACUGACAUCUUCUACAGAUAUUCGGGAUCUCCUGAGCGGUUUCUCUUCAGAUCUUCAGACUUUUGUUAUUAAGCCAAGCAGGAGUAAAGAGGCAUUUAAAAAGCAGGCAUCAGAUUUCAUGUUGAAAUGGAACCUCCUACUGAGCACUAUAGGCAAGAUUCUGACCAUCAACAGGACAGACAGUUUUGGAUCCUGGCUUUUGCUGAAUUUGCUACUCGUCGAUUUUGCGGCUCACGUUUUCCAGACCUAUAUAGAGGAGGAGAAAGAAGAUGGAAAUUCCUUGGUUGCAAAGCAAAAUGACGUCCCUGUUCUGUGCGUUUAUGAGCCCAGCCAUCUCUCAGCCUGUUUUGCAGAGGAUCAGCCUCAAGCCAAUGCUUCACAGACAGCUCUUGUGAUGCAGAACCAGAAUAACUUUGGAUUAAGCAAUAUUUUCCAGAGUUCUGAGCUGUUUGGUGAACACAGCCACUGUCAGGAAGGUGAAAUUAACAUUAACUUAAAAGAAAACUAUGACAAAACCCCAAUUAUAAAUUGGGUAAAUUAGGAGGGAUCGGGAGGGCUGUGUUUGGUUGAGGGGUUUUACGCAUGUAAAGUAGAACUAAUGAAAACCAGGUUUUCAUGGAGCUGUGUCCAAUGUCCCUGAAAACCUGUAGCCAUAAAGCAUCCUUCACAUCUCACACCUAUCCCAUGAUCCUAUCAAGGGAUUGUAAUCUCCACACCACCCACCUCUUCAGCACCACAGUUCCCUGAUCUUUCCCUAGGUUUCCAACAGACCUCUGGUGCUCCACCAGAUUCCCCAGGUGCUGGCUGAGGAAGAGCAGUACUGUUCAGGUGGGCUGGGAGCAGGUUGUGAGCUAGUUGGCAAAACAGGCUGCAGGUAUUUAUGGAUCAGAAGAGAGAGGGCACUGUGUGGUCUUUUCUCACUGUUGGAAGCAGUGAGAGCACAUUCUCUUCUCUCCAGUU